AAAAAUCCAUUAUACACAAGAAGCUUUUCAUUGAGUUGUUCUCUCAUAAGAGCAUGGUGCUUAGUAAUUUCUAAAGACAUUUCUUCCUUAUUAUUAUUAUGAUAUUUUAUAUACCACAUAGGUGCGACAUGCGUCUUUGACUCGCCAGCGUUCGGCUUUCAGAGCACACCAAAGGCAUAGAUCACGCGACGAGACGUCUAGCGAUUUGUCUAAAAUGUUUGAGUCCUCUUCUACUACUGCGAAUGGCGGGGAUAUUCUUAGUUCUAGUCUUACACCUUCCAUAGCAACGAUUGCCAAGAGAAAUGAUGAUAUAAACGAUGAACAGCGGCCUAUGCCGGCAACGACAUGUUCGCAACAAAAACAAGAGAUAAAUGCAAACAGCGUGAACAGUCAUUGGUCCAGUGCAUCAACGCAGCCAAUGUCAUCUUCAACGACAAUUAAUACAUCAGAAGCCGGUUAUAAUAGCAGUGACAAUAUGUUAAGCUCGGCCUCAAUGUCCCGUAAAGCAAGUACCGCAUCCGAAUAUACGUCACUUUCAUCCGAUUACACACCGGAAAAUACAAUUACACCGAACUCGACAUUCACAAUGGAGAAUCGAAAUGACGAUAAUUAUUUCGAAAUAAAUGAUAACGUGGAAUUGUCAAAUGUCGGGAUCGCACAAAACAAGUCUGGCGAGCCUGAUUUGUCGACAGAAAGCGAUGAACAGAAAUGCUUAAGCAAUUUGGCACUUAAGGGCAUUUCGCCCAUUAGCCAUGACUACGCCUCUAGCAGUUGCCCUGUUCAAAACACGGUACCCGUGGCACGUAAAGUGUCUCGUUUCUACGUAAAUCCUGUAGUGCUGCCACGCACUGACAGUUCUUCCUCUUCAGUUCCAGUACAUCAACAACAGCAGCAGCAGCAGCCACAACAGCAACAGCAACAGCAACAGCAAUUACAGCAACAACAAGAGACACAGUUACAAAACGAAGAUGCAAAAACUAAUGGAGGCGUUAGCGGUGGCGGUGGCGGUGGCGGUGGUGAUGCUGCUGUUGCGGACGUGAUCGGUACCAGCGUUGGCUCCGAUUUAUAUUCGAAACAAUGCAUGAUUCAUGAGCAAAACAAGGAUCCGAAUUUCAAUGAACUACAGCAGCAGCAGCAGCAGCAGCAGCAGCAACAGCAGCAACAGCAGCAGCAGCAGCAGCACAAUGGUAACAGCGCUAAAACGGUAACCAGUGGUAUUGGUGGCACCUUAUUAACAUCAAAUACGACUAGCUCUUUAGAACAAUUAAAAAUUGAAUUGGAGAAUAUAACGCAUGCGCAAGCAUUUGCUUCAGCUAUUGUUGCCUCAAUAAGUAACGAUCAUACAUUAGUCGCAAAUGCUCAGAUAUGCGGAGGCUGCGGAGGUAAUUCGCAAUAUGCUCCUCCCAAUCCGCCACAGCAACAACAACAGCAGCAACAACAACAACAACAACAAGAAAAACAGCAGCAACAACAACAGCAGCAACAGCAGCAGCAAUCACAAGCGCAGCUACAACAAGAAGAGGUAGAUAGCCAAAUCAAGAUAUGCAUGGUGUCUUGCAUUAUAUAAAACUCUUUUUACACUUUUGCUUAUAUAAUUUCGUUCAAUUACCGCUACGUGGUCAAAGUACUUUUAAUAACUGCACUAUGUUUUUCUUUGUUGUUAUUAUUAUUUUACUAAAACCACCAUAGCUAAGCCAAUCAUAAAUCGUAUUUAACUAAUGCACAAAUACAUUAUUACUUCUUCUCCGUCAUAUUUCAAUAUAUUAAAAUAUUAUAUAAUGCAAAAUCCAAUUUAAAUAUGAUAUAAAAUUUGCUUGAGUAAUUGUUUCCGAUCCAAGUAGAAGUGCACACAAAAUAGUUUCAAUUUCGAUUGAAAAUAGAUAUUAAUUAGGGCCAAAUAACAAUGGGAAGAAGAAGAAGAAGAAGAAGGAUGGGUAUGUUUACUUCGUCUUUGUCAUUUUAAUUGGUGUAGAGCCGGGAAGGAGA